UAUAUCGAUAUGUGGCAUUCAAAAUAGUUGAGUUUUCUUUAAUGCGGUAAUAAUUAUACUACAAUAUAUUACAACUGCUUAUACUUGGCGGCUAUUCACGUAUACCCUUUAAAUAUUUAGAAAUGCAUAAUUAGUAGAAUUCCUGCUAACCGAUGUCUUUUAAAGGGGGCAUCUCUAAUGAGAAAAUUAAAAACGAAAGUCACGCAACGCAGAAAACAAAGGCCUAUCGAUAGACGUACACCCACAACCCCAAUUCCAGCCGGCAAAUUCCGGAACGUAGUCUCUGAUCAAAACGUCUAUAGAGAAAAGUUGCCAACCCGAUGGACAAGCGCGUCACAGUCCUGCUGCCCAAUGGUCGGCGGCAGAAUGUAAAUGUGACGGCGAACAUGACGCUGCUGGAGAUAAUGGAGACGGCCUGCUCCAAGCACGGCUACGAUGCGGAGGAGCACUGCCUUAAGUUCCACAACAAGGUGGUCGGAUUAACGCAGCAGUUCCGUUUCAGUGGCUUGCCUAACAACUGUGUCCUUGAGAUGGAGCAAACAGAAAAGCGACGCACACUGAGUAACGUUCUUGUCUGCGUCCAGCUGAACGACGGAUCUCGCCAACAAGCAGACUUCUCGCCCAACGACACCAUUUGGCUGGUGGUCCAGAAGCUCAGCGGGUCGCAUGUCAAUGGUUACGAAAGCCCCGUCAUCGUCUACAUGCGCAGCGAGGUUAUAGGACAAGAGCAGAUGCGCCAGACCACUCUGAAGUCCCUAGGGAUCCUCGAGGGUCGCGCCAUGAUGCGUCUUAUCGACAAAAAACCGGAGGACCUUAAGAACCAGGCAAAUGUGUACAAAGCUCCCACUGCCAAGCCUCGGGUGGACAAUGACGACCAGCCCAGCACCUCCCGCUCUGCAAUGGCAGCUGGUGGCAGCGGAGGCGGCGGUGGAUUUGCCCUUACCAGCAACAUGAUUAAGAAUUUGAAACGCACGGCUCCCGAAGAAAAUGCAAGCGGGAGUGAACCAGCCAAGCCCUCAGGUGAAUCCAAACAGGAGCAGCAGCCUCAGCCAGAAGCACCUAAAUACGACUGGGGUAGUGGUUCUGGAUACUCCAUGCACAGCCCCCCGGAGCGAAAUCAGGAUAAAAACGAAGUCGAAGAGAUUCCAGGCAGGGCUCCCCCAGUUGUGAGAGUAAUUGGACCACGCCAGGCUGUACUGUUCUCCUUGGAUGAAUCUAAGAAAAAUGCGGAUGACCUGCCCGACUCAUUUUUCGACUUGACCGUCAACGAUUUAAAGAUGGUGCUCCGCGACUUAAAGCGAACUUCGAGCGGAGAUGACGACGCUCCCUUGCUGACAGCAAAGCUGAGGGAGCUGGAGCGCCAAAAGACCAUGCUGGCUAAGCUUAACCAGUACAAGGACUGUGUGCUGCGCAUUCAGUUUCCCGAUCGCUUUGUGCUGCAGGGCAUCUUUAAGCCACACGAGCCCCUUUCCAAGGUAGAGGAGUUUGUUCGGGAGUUUUUGGUCCAGCCAGGCGACCAAUUCCAUCUCUUCACCAUUCCACCGAAGAAGGUGUUGCCCUCCGAUGAGACGCUCCUGGAGCUGAAUUUUGUCCCGAAUGCCAUCGUGCAUUUUGGGUUUCUCAAGGACUCGCUCAAUGCGGCGAGCAAUCGAUUUGUGAAGGAGCAGUAUAUGGAUCAGUUGACCUCCGAGGAGGGAGCUCAUUAUGCGGUGCAAAAAUACCGCCUUACCCGUGCGACGGCGGCGGGGUCUAGUUAAUAGAUACAUGGCUUUAAGCGAACAGUCUGCGUGAUAAUUAAUGAAUCCGCUUUAUUUCUAUAUAUAUUUUUAUUUAAAAAAAUGAAUACGUCAAAUACGGAUUGUCGUUCUUUUCUUUAAAACACGAACUAUUUAAAAGUUUUUAACUUUAAACAUUUGCAUCACUGCGACAGGGAGUAGAAAACAUUUGCGGCAGCUCGUUUAACAUCUUGAUGAGCAAUGUAUGUUUUUCACAUACAAUUUUAAGUUACUCUUAACAUAUUUAGACUCAGCUAUCAUAAUACUCAUGACUCCAGGACUGUGAAAAAUAUGCCAGCAGACCGCCGAUUCUUAGCUUUUUCAUCUGGUUUUAGGUUAUAAAAAUAUAUAAGGCUAUCAAUAAUAGGACAAGCGUAUUCCUAGUCCAACAAUAUCGCACUUUCUCAACUCAUGAGCCUUAUUAAUGUGAACUAAAAGAAAGGAAUGUUUUUAACAAGCUCAUCCUCAACCAGUAAAUGAAACAAGCGCCUAAUAACAACACAAAUCGAAUAAACCUGCAACUUAGCAUUGCUGUUUGAAAACAUAUAGACACAUAACUAGGACUGGUCAAAUAGUUAAUAUGGUUGCUUAUGGUGUAACUCAUUUAGUCAAGCUUCAUUUGGAGCACAGAAAGAAACCAGGAACUAAACCCACUUACUAUGCGAAUCUGUUAAGUUUAGUUUAAUAACCCAAGUUUAAUAAAAUUUAAAAUAAAGCUA